UCGAUGUGUUUGCCAUUGCUCCUGUGUUGAGCCAGGUAAAUAUGGCAAGGUUACAUGGGCUUAAUAGGAACACUUAACCUACAACUGCGUGUCAUGGAAUAGUCUGCCAGGCUACUGAUCCAUACUCAAGUCCAGCUGGUGGCAGUAAUGCCACAUUGAGCCUUUUGGUCUUUGUAGAAGAAGUAGCGGCAGUGCCCUAACUCGCCUCUAGGGAGGCCCUGGAGCAGCACUCGCCGACACACCCCAACCUUAACGUUAGGGUAGACUUGAGGUAGUGGUUUUGUUUCCAACAUGGCGGCGACCAUAGAUGACAGCAAUGCAGUGCAAGCAACCAAGAAAAAGCACCUCGGCAUCCCUGAAGCAAUCUUUGUGGAGGACGUGGAGUCGUUUAUGAAGCUGCCGGAAAACGAGUCUGCAGACGCAGUGCUGAGGAAACUAGACGAGCAGUACCAGAAAUACAAGUACAUGGAAGUAAACCUGGCGCAGAAGAAACUCCGGCUGAAGAGCCAAAUCCCUCAGAUCAAGCAGACUCUAGAGAUCCUACGGCACAUGCAGAAGAAGAAGGAGACGACGGAACCCAUGCAGACCCAUUUCCUAUUGGCUGAUAACGUUUACUGCAAGGCAUCUGUCCCGCCCACCGAUAAAGUCUGCCUGUGGCUAGGGGCUAACGUCAUGCUGGAGUACGACAUCGACGAGGCCCAGGCCCUGCUCGAGAAGAACCUGUCCACGGCGUCUCGCAACCUGGACUCCCUGGAGGACGACCUGGACUUCCUGCGCGACCAGUUCACCACCACCGAAGUCAACAUGGCGCGCGUCUACAACUGGGACGUGAAGAGGAGGAGCAAAGAGAACCAGCGCAAGGCAGUGGAGUCCUAAUCACGAGCCCCUCCCCCUCCCCCCAUCGCCCGCUCCUUGGCGCAAACAGAAUGCUCCUUUAUGUAUGUACCCGGCGGAUUGGGCCCGCAUGAAAGGCACGCUCGAAACCGUCAUCCCAGCCCUAAGGCCCCCCCGAGGUGUGUUUGACCUGAGCCCAGUGGUCGGGCAAUCAGAAACGUCCGCCCACGUGUGUUCUCGCGUUGCGUCUCAAACGUGCCCUCCAUCCGGACCCUUCUCUGGCUCCCCCCCCCACUGUCGGCGUGUUUCUGUUGAUUUGUUACUUUUUAAAAGUAUUUUUUCAAGUAAAAAAACUUAACGAAAACAAAAG